AUGCUGGCUUUCGCAAAAUCCACCCUGAGGCUGCAUCUGACAUGCGCAUUCUUUGCUAUCGGCUCCUUCGUAUGGGGCUACCAUGUCGGCGUUCUUUCAUCGGUGCUGGUCCAUCCAGGCUUCACUGAUGCCUUGGGAAGCCCCACAGCCGCGCAGAAGGGAUUGGUCACAGCAAUCUACUACCUCGGAACCUGGUUCAGCUAUAUCUUUGCGUCCUCUCCGCUUGCAGAUGCGCUCGGUCGCCGAUAUGCUGCACUCGCAGGAACGGCAAUCGUCGCUGUCGGCACCGGGUUCGAAGCUGGCGCAAGCGUUCCAAGCGCCUAUGCCAUGUUCAUCAUCGGCCGAAUCAUCAGCGGUAUCGGUGUGGCAAUUCUGUCCACUUCUGUCCCUCUCUACCAAAGCGAGGUUUCACCGGCAGUACAGCGUGGCCGCUAUGUAGUUCUCAACCAUAUUGGUUUCGUCGUUGGACUUGCUGCAGGAUUCUGGGUUGGCUAUGCCGUCACCUUCUGGCAGAACGACGCCCAUCAGGUUUACGUGUCCUGGCGCGUUUCGAUUGCAGUAGUCCUCGUUCCAUGUGUCAUAUUUGCUUGUGGACUGCCCUUUCUCCCCGAGACUCCGCGAUGGCUAGUCGAUCAUGGACAUUAUCACCGCGCUCAAUGGUCGUUACACUGGUUCCGCGAGGGCAGUUACACCGACGAAGAAAUCAAGGCGGAAUUUGACAAGAUUCAAAUCUCCGUCCAAGAUCAAAGAGACUCAAAGCCAAUAUGGUUGUCGCUUUUCACGCAUAGGGAUCUAUUCGACCGUCUGUGGCGCGCGUCUCUGCUCCAGUUCAUGUCACAAAUGUGCGGAGCGACGGCCAUGAAGUACUAUCUACCAACUCUGCUUGGCAAGUUGGGAGUGCCAACUCGUAUCACGCUACUCAUUGGCGGUAUCGAGUCGACGUCAAAGAUUGCCAUGACUGUUGUUGAGAUGCUAAUCAUUGACAAAGUCGGGCGGAGAACUACUUUAGUUGCAGGCUCAACGGCCAUGGGAAUAGGCAUGCUCAUGAAUGCAGUACUUGGCGAGAUAUACCCCGAAAAUCAAAACCGUGCUGCUGACGUCGCGUGCAUUGUCUUUAUUUUUGUCUAUGCUUUAGGAUACAGCAUGGGUUUUGGGCCUGCGUCCUGGGUAUAUGGCUCCGAGAUCUUUCCCACCGCCGUACGGGCCCGAGGUCUCAACUUCUCGGCAUCUGGUGGCGCCAUCGGUUCAAUAGUUGUUGCUCAGGUUUGGCCGGUCGGAAUCGAAAGAAUCGGCUCCCGCAUCUACUUUUUCUUUUUCGCAAUCAAUGUCAUUUGUGUUCCUAUUAUUUUCCUAUUCUAUCCCGAAACCAAGGGCCGGGCACUGGAGGAUAUCGACGGGUUAUUCUCAAAAGUCUUGAACAGGCAAGAACACAAUGGGAAUCAAGGACAAAGUGAAAUUGCCAUUACGCAAGAAAGGGACGAUGGGUCGUCGAUUUCUUGA